AUGUCCAAUAAUUCAAUUGACGAAAAAUUAAAAGGUCUGCAAGAACGCCUUCAAAAUGAAAUGCGUACGCGGGGUGAUGGUGGUUUACAGAACCAAGGUGGUCUCGGAACACCUAAGUCCGGAGGUCGGAAAUUUAGACCCUUGUUUACUAGAGACAUCCCUCUACCACCAAGAUCACCACAAGCAACGGAGACUGAGUUCCGCAUGCGUGAAGUGUACAAGGUGAGUGGAAAGCUAAAUGUGGGGGGUGCAGAGUACCGUUCAAGCAUAGAUGAUCUACAGCAUAUGGGCGAGCUGGGAAGUGGUACAUGUGGACAUGUAGUCAAGAUGUUGCACAAGCCUUCAGGGGCUGUUAUAGCUGUUAAGCAAAUGCGUCGCUCCGGCAACUCGGAGGAGACCAAGCGGAUCCUGAUGGACCUCGACGUGGUGGUCCGCUCGCACGACUGCCCCUACAUCGUGCGCUGCCUCGGCUGCUUCGUGACUGACGCCGACGUCUGGAUAUGCAUGGAGCUGAUGGCCUCCUGCUUCGACAAACUGCUGAAGAGGCUCGGCGCUCCCAUUCCAGAGGCUAUACUGGGAAAGGUCACCGUUGCGACGGUGAAGGCGCUGUCGUACCUGAAGGAGACCCACGGCGUGAUCCACCGCGACGUGAAGCCGAGCAACAUACUGCUGGACGAGCGCGGGAACGUGAAGCUUUGCGACUUCGGCAUCAGUGGGCGGCUGGUCGACUCCAAGGCGAAGACGAGGAGCGCCGGCUGCGCGGCCUACAUGGCGCCGGAGCGGAUAGACCCACCGGACCCAAGCCGGCCAGAUUACGACAUUCGGGCGGACGUGUGGUCGCUGGGCAUAUCGCUAGUGGAGCUCGCCACCGGGGUUUUCCCCUACAGGAAUUGUCAGAACGACUUUGAGGUCUUAACUAGGGUCAUUGCAGACGACCCGCCGCAGUUACCAGACACCACCGACUUCACGCCCGAGUUCAAAUCUUUUGUAUCUCAGUGCCUGACGAAGAACUACAGGCACCGGCCGAAGUACCCCAAGCUGCUCGAGCACCCGUUCGUGGUGAAAUCGGCGCGGAGCCCCGUGUCCGUCGAAGACUGGUACGCGACGCUGCCGAAGAGCGGGGCGCCGCCCUCGCCCGCCUCGCCGGCCAAUGGCCACUCGAGCCCGCCCACGCCGCAGCCGAUCAGGAGCUUCGUCACCAGCUCGCACCGCUGGUCGCCCGACCAGGCCACGCCCACACCCGGAAGAGCGCGAUGGGCAUCACCGUCGCACGCGAGUGGCAGUAGUUCGCAGCCGGCUAGUUUAGAAGCAGACUUCUCAAAUCACUCACCUUAUCCGAGACGCAGGACGAUAGAUGCAUGCGCGUCACCGCCCCCACCUCCAGUGCGGAGGGUCUCCGCCGAGAACCGUUGGAGGGCGUCGCCCGCUAGUUCUGGCAACACUAGUCCGAUUGUUCUACAAAGGUUUUAUCAUCAAAGUCAGCAGAGGAGAUCAAGGGUAGACCUCCAUUCUACACCUAGGCACCGGAGUCUGAGCAGAGAACAUAGUACUGGAAGGUCCCCAGAGCCACCCCCAAGAACUAGUAGACAACAUAAUAUGCUAGGGCAUGAUGCCAAUGGAAGUUCCGAAUUUGAGCCACCGCCGUUACAUGAGCGGUUGCACCCACCCUCGCCGUUACUGCUCAGUGACAGGCUAUCGGAGGGCCGUAGCCAGAGCUUAACACGCGCCGAGCUCCGCAACGGCUACCGCGCGGAGCUGCCUGCUCCCCACGCGAAACACCACGACGACCAGGCCAGCCUA